UCUGCUCCAUCCGUCCAUUCAGCCCCCACAGUCAGCAAAACAGACGUCAGGGCACAGGUCCACAGCAAGCAAACACUGCAGAGCUCUGUGUAUGUGUUGAUGCGUGUGUGUAUGUGUCAGAGGGUCAGGAGGAGAGAGAGAGAGAGAGAGAGACAGCAUUGACUAGCUGCUUCUAAACCACUGCAGGAGCAUUAAAUCUGGGACUGUCACAGAUACUGAAGGAGAUAGAGAAGACAUGUAAAGAAGGACGUUUAUCUAGCAGCACAGUUAUGGAGACUUGUCUCUGCUGUUCACCAGCAGAUGAAACUAGAACCAAAGGACAGAAAAGUCAGCCGCCGUAUUGACUUUAAUCUUCUGCUUGGAAGAAGGAGCUUAUAUACCCAGACAGUUUGCUUUCAGAAGGUGAAGAUUAGGAGUUAAUUUUUUCUUCUUUCUUUCUUUCCUUUUUUUCUUCUGGGCUCCUCGCAAGUCAUCUCCUUUCUCAGAUCCUUCCUUUCCUUUACAACAUCUUCUCUGCAUGCUUUUCCACUGCUCUGCAGGUGAACAGACUCAUGGUGGAUGCCAAGGGAAGGAACAUGAAAUGUCUGACAUUCUUGUUGAUGCUUCCAGAGUCAGUUAAGAGCAAGUCCAGUAAAGGCUCCAAAAAGGGGAGUCCCAGCAGCUCAUCCAAGCUGCCCCCUGUGUGCUAUGAGAUCAUCACCUUGAAAUCCAAGAAGAAGAAGAAGAUGGCAGCGGAGAUCUUUCCCACUAAGAAGCCGGCGUCAGUCGCCACGGUGCAGCAGUACCAGCAGCAGAACUUGAACAACAACAACACCAUCCAAUGCUGCAACUGGCAGGGCCUGUACUCCACAAUCAGGGAGAGAAAUGCUGUGAUGUUUAAUAAUGAACUGAUGGCUGAUAUUCGCUUUGUCGUCGGUCAGUCCGGAGGAACUCAGAGGCUCCCGGGACACAAGUAUGUCCUUGCUGUGGGAAGCUCGGUUUUCCAUGCCAUGUUCUAUGGAGAGUUGGCAGAGGACAAGGAUGAGAUCCGUAUCCCUGAUGUGGAACCUCCAGCCUUUCUGGCUAUGCUGAAGUACAUUUACUGUGAUGAAAUUGACUUGAGUGCUGACACUGUACUGGCAACAUUAUAUGCAGCCAAAAAGUACAUAGUCCCGCACCUGGCUCGGGCUUGUGUCAACUUCUUGGAAACAAGUUUGAGUGCCAAGAAUGCAUGUAUUCUUCUAUCUCAGAGCUGUCUGUUUGAAGAGCCAGACCUAACGCAACGCUGCUGGGAAGUUAUUGACGCUCAGGCUGAGCUGGCACUUAAAUCCGAGGGCUUUUGUGACAUUGAUGCUCAGACCUUGGAGUGCAUCCUCAGACGGGAGACUCUGAACGCUAAGGAGAUUGUAGUGUUUGAAGCCGCACUAAGCUGGGCAGAGGCUGAAUGUCAGCGGAGGGAAAUGCACACAACUAUCGACAACAAACGCAAGGUAUUGGGCCAAGCCGUCUACCUGAUCCGCAUCCCAACCAUGGGUCUUGAUGAUUUUGCUAAUGGUGCUGCACAAUCAGGAGUGUUAACACUAAACGAGACCAAUGACAUUUUCUUAUGGUACACAGCAGCUAAGAAACCAGAGCUGCAAUUCGUCUGCCAACCUCGUAAAGGAUUGACGCCACAGAAGUGUCAUCGCUUCCAGUCUUGCGCCUACCGCAGCAACCAGUGGCGUUAUCGCGGACGCUGUGACAGCAUUCAGUUUGCUGUUGAUAAACGAGUGUUUAUCGCUGGUUUUGGGCUCUAUGGCUCGAGCUGUGGAUCUGCUGAGUAUACCGCUAAGAUUGAGCUCAAACGGCAAGGAGUUGUCCUGGGAACCAAUAUUAGCAAGUACUUUUCAGAUGGAUCCAGCAACACCUUCCCAGUUUGGUUCGAGUAUCCGGUUCAGAUUGAGCCUGACACUUUCUAUACGGCCAGUGUGGUUCUCGACGGAAAUGAGCUGAGUUAUUUUGGACAAGAGGGUAUGACAGAAGUUCAGUGUGGGAAGGUGACCUUCCAGUUUCAGUGCUCUUCGGACAGUACCAAUGGCACAGGAGUGCAAGGUGGCCAAAUUCCAGAGCUCAUUUUCUAUGCCUAAAUUUCUCUUGGG